AAGCACACAUUUUACAGUUAUUCCCGAAAGAAAAAAACCAAAACCCAAACCAAAAGCAAAGCCAACCACUUUCGAUCGCUUUCGAGCCGAUCCUCCCUCCUUCCCUCCUUCGCUUCGCCUCGCUCCUCGUCUCGCUCCAGCGCCGACCGCGAGCUCUCCUGCUCCUUCUCUCCACGCCCCCCCGCGCGCGCCGAGCCGAGCCAUGUCCCCGCGCUCGCCGCGAGCUCCGGCGGAGGAAACGCGGCCCGCGGCGGCGGCGGUGGAGCUCUGGUGAAUCUAGGGUUUUCUCGUGGGUUGGUGUGUGUGUUGUAGUAGAGAGAGAGGGAGAGGGGGAGAGAAAGAGGGGGGAGAUGAAGGAGAUCGUGGGGAGCCCCGGGACGGUGAGCGGGAUGGCGUUGAGGGUGGGGCAAUGCGCGUGCGCCGGUGCCUCUAUCGGCUUCAUGGUCUCUGCUCUCGGGUUCUCCAACUACACUGCUUUCUGCUACUUAAUUGCGUCGAUGGGCCUUCAAGUGUUAUGGAGCUUUGGACUUGCCUGCCUUGAUGUCUAUGCUUUGAAGAGAAAAAGAGACCUACAGAAUCCUGUCCUUGUGAGCCUGUUUGUUGUUGGUGACUGGGUGACGGCUACAUUAUCACUUGCAGCUGCAUGCUCAUCAGCCGGUGUUAUCGUUCUAUAUUCUAGGGACUUGCACAUCUGUAGGGCACAGGCUCAUCUACCGUGCGGCAGAUUUCAACUUUCGGUAGCAUUGGCAUUCUGUACCUGGGCCCUUAUUGCCAUGUCAUCUCAUGUUAUGUUCUGGAUCUUGGCAUCGAUAUAGAAGGCCUUACUUUGAGGCCUCACUUUAUGAGGAUACUGCAGUAUCUAUGGUUUCACUUGUAUAUUCCAAUGCUCCUAUCCUUUUUUCGCCUUCUUCCCCGUGGGUCAAUGAACUACACUCUUCAGUUGCCUAAUAUUCUGGGCAAUUUUCAGGAUGUUCCUCUCUGUUUUGUUGGGCUUUGCCUCUUUGGUUUUUCAGUACAAAUGGAAAAGCACUUUGCUUGAGCUUUCU